AAUUUUAAAAAUUUGUGAAACUUAUAUACACGAAUUACUUUAUAACAAAAAAAAAUCAACUGCUAAAUUAUUUGAAAACAGAGGAGCAUAUUUAUGAGUGUAACAGUAUAAAACGAGUCAAACAAAGAUAUAUUCAAGGUGCAGAAAGUGUGAAGCUUUAAACGAAGUUUUACCAGCAAAUCAUUCGUCAAUAGCUCUUUUUUAAUUGUUUCUAGAUGUAUGCCGUAUAAAAAUAAUUGUUUGAUUGUUGAAUGUUUGAUUUCUGUAAUUUAGUUCAAUAGUAAUAUAAUUAAAUAAGUCCAUGAUUUUGAGUGCAAUUCUUUCAAAUAUUUGUAUCGAUUAAUGAUAGAUUGUAUAUUAAUGAAGUUCAAUACAUAUAGUUAAUGAUUUCAAAAUUUUGUCUGACUACUUUCUUCGUGGUUCAACUGAAUCUAUAAAUACAGUUUCAUACGAAAGGUGAUAUAAUGAAGUUAUUUUUAACAUACCAUAUUACAUGAUAUUUGUCAAUUAAUUUAACUUUCUUUAAAGCUUAUCUAAAGUUCCAAAAUUCUGAAAUUCACCUUUAUCGCAAUUUCUUCGUUUCCCGUUAUGCUUUACUUCAUGUAGGCAUGUAUAUCCUAAAUUUUAAUAAAAAUUUUUCGAUGAACUAAUUUCAGCUUCUCUUUUAAGAAAAGAAUUUAUCCAAAUGCAAUAAAUAUUGCAUGUUUUCAAUAGUAUUUAUUCAAAAAACUUAUUUAAAUAAAAUUAAAGUUAUUUAACUUUUUAAAUAAAAAUAUUAUAUUGAUUGAAAAAAAGGAUAAGAGUUGCAUAUUUCAUCGAUAAUUGGAAGAUAUACGAAGCUCAUAAUAAAAUUUAAACAGCAAGUUUUUAUAAGAAAAAAUUUAUCGUAAAUUUCUUGAUACAUUAUUUGAGCGAUAAUGAUAAUAAUUGAUAUUGCAAAACGGAAACAUUCUAAAAUAAUAGGAGAUCAAUUAUUGCACAUUAAAUUUAUAUCAGGAAAAACGAUACUUUAUACACAUCUUAAUUUUCUAAAUAAAUUGUGAAGCUUAAAUUGUUCAAUUUUUCAAAAUAUUUUCACAUACUUUACUAUACUCUUUAUAAAAAAAAAAAAAUUACUAAGUGGUCAUUGAGGUAUAAUAACUGUAACGCGAGCGUAUGAAGUAUUACAGCGGUGGAGGCAUACUAGAGUGCUUCCCACUCCUAUCGUUUUGUUCCCCGGAAAACAGCAAUGCUUGGUGGUAAAAUGAUGCGGUGAGCAUUUAUCGAAACACCUGUGAAGCUUUUUCACUUGAUGCUGGCUGAAGGAACAGUCAGUUUUUCGAGUGCCUCGGUCACAGUCAUCCAGGAUUCUCUUUGAUUCAUAGUGAGAAGUGGAAGAAUAAACUUAAAGUUUAUACUUGGCCUACUAUUGUACGGCUUAUUUCAAUUUUUUCAAAAUAUUCUUACAUUAAAACCAUGACUUAUUUGAUGUCACUUUUUGUCAACAACUACCAUGAAAUAUUGCAAUCUAAUAAAGAUCCUAUGGUCGACACUUGGCCAUUGAUGAGCUCACCAAAACCCGUUCUCCUAAUACUUGCUGCUUAUUUGACUUUUGUUUUAAAAAUUGGACCAUGGAUUAUGGAAAGGAGGCCAGCUUUUGAGCUCAAAACUGCUUUAAUACUGUACAACGCUUUUCAAGUGCUGUUUAGCAUCUGGCUCGUAACUCUGACUCUCAACGUCAACUUGUUGGACCUUGUUUUUACCGAUACCUGCAAAGCUGAUAGCGCACCGGCCGAUGGUGUUUUACAAAAUACGCUUUCAAUCGGUGGAUGGUGGUACUUUUUUUCAAAAAUAACGGAACUGCUGGAUACUGUAUUUUUCAUACUUCGUAAAAAAUACAAUCAAGUUUCCUUUCUUCAUGUUUAUCAUCAUACGAUCACCGCUUUGUUCUCUUGGUGUUACCUGAAAUUUUUGCCAGGUGAACAGGGCAUCAUAAUCGGAUUUUUGAAUUCCUUCGUUCACAUCGUCAUGUAUUCUUACUAUUUAAUCGCCGCCCUCGGACCCGAAUACAAAAAAUACUUGUGGUGGAAAAAAUAUAUGACCUGGUUGCAAUUGAUUCAAUUUGGAAUGAUGCUCGUUUAUCUUAUGUACACAUUGGUGUUUGACUGCAGAAUGCCAAAAGCUCUCACCUACUUUUUUGUCACAAACGUGGUAAUAUUCAUCUACUUGUUUAGCGAUUUUUACAUCAAGUCGUAUAACAAACCAAAGAGGAAGUGAAUGAAAAUUAUUGCAUUUUUAAAAACUUCGAUAAAUUAAAUUGUGUAUAUAGUUUUUUUGGGGUCCAAUUGUUCAUGAAGUGAAAAUAUUCACAAACUUUUUUAUCUUUAAAGUAGAUGUAUGUUAAUUGCCAUAUGAAUAUAAUAUUAGUUUUGUUACGAUCCUCGAAUCGAUUAGUUUUUUAAUAAUUUUUGCAAAAAAUUUACUUAUAGUAUCAAAAAAAUUAAGAUAUAUAAAAAUAAUUUUUAUAAUAAAAAGAAUAAGAUUUGAAUUUGAGUUUUAAUUAAUAUCAUCAUUGUCAACUACAAUAAUACUACAAUUACGAUUAUACUCAAAGAAGUUUAGACAUUCACAAUUUUGCUUCCUCAUGAGUAAAUAAAAUCCGGCCUAUACUUAAUACAAGAUUAUUAUUGAGUUUCAAAUGAAAAACCUUAAUAUUGCAAUUGGAACUAUAUAUUUUUUCAUAGAUUUAUCUAAAGUAUUGAUCAAAUAAAUUAAUAAA